AGAGGGAACACCCAUGGAGGACGAGGGCGAGGACCCGAUGAGUGAUCAAAUAUCAUUGACCAUAGCGUCGUCAUCGGGAAGCAGCUCCAGCACUAGCGUUGCCAGUCGUCAGUUAGAGCACGUACAACUGGCUUAUGACUUCAUGGCCGCAUAUUCGAUCGUGGAACAGAGGCGGGUUGCAAUCGAGCAUGCGAAAACGGAGGUGAGUUCUAUGCGAUCUUGGCCAUCGCAUGACGUUAACAUCUUCCGUCCAGAGCUGUGUUAUUUUUCGUUUCAAUGAUUUUGCGAUUCCUGAUCGAGUGACUCCGCGACAUGUGGUGAUCAGCGAUAAAAAUCAAGCCGACAGGCUGGGUCUUAUGAGAUGGAAGACCUAUAGAGUGACGGCGGCAGCACGACCUCCCAGUGUCGAG